CAAAAUGCUCCUCAAAUCCCUUCUCACAACAAUCACCCUCCUCGGCCUCACCACAGCCACCGCGAUUCCCUCCAUCAACAACGACAACGCAAACGACGAAAAAGACCUCUUCAUCCGCGCCUCAAACGCAGACCUCACCACCCGCGCCGACGUUAAACCACCCCCCAACUCCGUCUGCGGCUACGAGGAGAUCCCCGCAACCAACAAAUGGGUCGUCUGGGCCCCCAAGGACUCCCUCGAUCUCAACAAGCAAUGCGGCAAAAAGUAUCUGAAGAAGCUGCGCGGCCGCUGCGGCAUCAUCACGACGUGGAAGUGCAAGCACCUCGACAGCGACGGCAACCACGUCGACAGCCACGACGGGCAUGACAAUGUGUACGGGGCUCUGAUGACAUUUUACACGAGCGUGUUCUGCAACUCCGAGGAUGUCAUGGCUGCUAUGGGCGCUGCGUCUGCCACUAAUGACCGGCCUGAUAAGUGUGUGGAGCCGCCGGUUUGGAGUCUUCCCCCUUAUCAUUGAUUGGGGAGUUGGGGGAGCUGUUGUUUUGGGGGAUAGCUGUUUCUCUACGAUUGGGUCGGAGAGAGGAGGGACGGAGAUACUGUCGGGAUAGAUAUAUCAUCUAUGAUAUGGUAGUGUAGCUCAAGGUACAGUCGACAUCAAGAACACUGCAUCUUGC